UUUUUAAGGGAAUAAUAACUUGAUUAUGGAUUAAGGGUGAGAUCGGUGGAGCUGGAAGGAGGAUAAAAGGGGAUUUGGAGGAUGGAGGGUUAAGGAAGCUUGAGUGUAUUUGGGCAUAUAUCGGUGGAGUAAGGGGAAUGGAUAGGUAUAAGGAAUUUGCUCGUAUUAAAAUCUUAAGUCUCCUAAAUACUUAUUAAUCCAUAAAUAUGCCCUACUUAUCCUCCUAAACCCUCUUAAUCCUCAUAAAUACCUCGACAUGUUCCUUAUUAAAAAUAUUACUGCUGUGGAAAAAAUAAAUUUGAAACUCAACUUAGGGAAAAAACAACGCAAGAAACACAAAAAUAUAUUGAUAUCUUUCCAAAUAUGCCAAAAAUCCUUCAGAAUUAUGGGUCGGCGUUUACAUGGAGACAAUAGCAAUGUUUUGUUAACAAAACAAAGGUAUUUCGUAAUUAAGCAAAACCAUUAA